AUGGGCCUCAGGUUUGACGGGCCUUUCGCCCUUCGGGAGACCUCGGGACAGACGUGGGACAUUCGGCCAGUUUCACCUGCGUCUGUGGCUCGCAGCGCCAAGUUUGCCGCUGAGGAGAGAGCAGUAGGCUCCCACUGGUGCCAGCACUGGUGCCAGCACUGGUGCCAGCACUGUGCGCUGCUCGUGGGCUCCCACUGGUGCCAGCACGGGCUGCAUCGAGGCGCCGAGGCGCCAUCGCGCCGUCCAUCCUUGGACCGGCCUCUGGGCCGCGGUGGCGUGUCUCUCUGCCUGUGCGGCACCGGCAUGAUGCCGACCUUCCCCCUGGGAGCACAGAUGGGUCUUCAGAUGCACGGCGCCGAGGUGCUGGUCGUUCGGCGCACGUUUCUCGAGCUGGUUGAGGAGAGCACCAGCCAAGCCCUGGAGGGGGCUGUCAGGCGGGCGUCCUCCGCACCGGUGGCGUCGGGCAAGAUGGGCGAGGCGCCCGCGAUGGAGCGGAAGGAGCCCGAGCGCAUCGGUGCCACCCCUGUCGUGGCCGGGUUGGGCCAGGAGGCGGAGGGCCAGUGGCGCGAGGAGCCGAACACGACGGUGGUGCUCAGGAACAUCCCCGUGCGCUUCACGCGCGACGAACUCCGGAAGCACCUCGACGCGGGGAGUGUCGCAGGCGGGUACGAUUUCCUCUACCUGCCGAUCGACUUCGCGAAGCAGCAGAAUUUUGGUUACUGUUUCGUCAACCUCACGAGUCCAGACCUCGCUCAUUGUAUCUUCGCCGAGUUCGACGGCCGCAGUUGGGGCCACUCCAGCGAAGAGAGGGCCAUCGUGAACUGGAGCCUGACCCAGGGCCUGGACGCGCACAUCGAGCGCUACCGGAACAGCCCGAUUAUGCACGAGAGCAUGCUGGACGAGUGCAAGCCGAUCGUGUUGGAGGGUGGUGCCAGGGUGGACUUCCCGCCGCCCACCAAGACGCUGCAGCGCCUCCGCCGCCUGCGCACCCGCUGCGGCUCGCGCGGGCGGGGCGUGCGCUCCUCCGGCGCCUGCGGCCUCGCGGCGGCGCGGCCGGCCGCGGGCGCGCCCGGCGCGCCCGCGGGCGCCUCGCCCCUGCUCCCGGGGCUGUCGGGCGCCCCGGGCGGCGCCCCCCUGGCGAGCCCGCUCCUCGCCGGCCUGCUGCGCUCGAGCGCGGAGGCUCCGGCGGCCGUGUGCCCGCGGCGCGAGGAGGCGCCCGCGGGGUGCCCCGGGGCGCCCGGGCAGCGCUCCAGCCUGGCCGCAGCGCCGCUGCGCGGGAGGACCUCGUGGGCGGACCUGCGGGACGGCCCGGCAGAUGAUGCUGGCAGCGACUGCUCCACGCAGGUGCCGGACUACUUCAGCGACUCGCGCUCGUCGGACGGUUCAGCCGCGGGCUGCGCCAGCACGGGUAGCACCGCGACGCUCUCCGAGUGCUUCCUCAGUGCUGGAUGGAGUCUUACACCGAUCGCGUGCAGACGUGCAUUGGACGCCUCGGAGCUAGCUUGCUGCCAGGCACCAGAGCUGGGCUUCGUGCUCCAGCUGGGUGCCCAGAUCAGCUCUUUGGCUGCGCCGCGCCGUGCGCUCUCACGCCGGGCCGAGCUGGACUUGCGGGUCCCAGAGGGCAAGAAGGCCUCGGGCUCCCCGCUCUUGCGCCGCCCGAGCGCCGCCGACGUCCGACAUGUUUGGGCAGACGCGCCCGGGCCGUGUUGGCCCCGCCUGGCCACGAUGCGCCUGAAUGUAGCGCUGUACGUGUGGUGCCUGGCCUUGUGGGCAAAGGCCGCCCGCGCCGCCAGAGCGCGGAGGGGCGCGGAGAGGCCGGUGUCGAAGGUGGUGCGCCUGCUGCAGGACAUGCAGGCGGAGCUCGAGCGAGAGAAGGAGGAGGACGAGCAGGUCUUCAAGAUGUUGGAUUGUUGGUGCAAGGACAACGGCGAGGAUAAGCAGAAGAGCAUCGAGCUUGGGGAGGCCAAGAUGGCGGACCUCAAGACUUCCAUGGGCGAGUACGCGGCCAAGAUAGAGGAGCUUCGCGGGUCUCUCGCGGCGGCCCGGGAGAAGCUCCGGGCAGACCAGAAGGCCUUGGACGAGGCCACCGCGAUCCGUUCGCAGGAGGCGCACGCGUUCAUGGGCGAGGAGAAGGAGCUUCUGGACGCGGUGCAGGCCUGCAAGCAGGCGCUGGUAGUCCUUGGCAAGCACAACCCUAGCCUUGAGCAGCUCCGCCAG